GCAUUAAUCAGUACCCAAGAAGUAGCUCUUGGUUUCAAAAAGGUUGCUGACCCCUGUUGUAGAUAGAAAAUAGGUCAAGCGCAAUGACACUUUCCCACCAGAGGGGGCAGUACUGUGAGAAUGUCCGCGCUCUCUUUUCUGCCGGAAAUGACCAAAAAAAAAAAAAAGUCGCGGUCCACUGCGAUUUGACUCUUCUUGUAAGACUUUCUUAAUCAUUUAUUACAUUUUUUACGAGCUACUACACAUUUAUUCAACCAAGCGCGGCUAUUGAAGGAAGCAUUUUCGUGUCAGAAUGAAACGAUAGCACAGUACGAGGUGGAACUAUCUAGAACAAAAGAGAGCAAGCGACGCUAUUUUCACGCCUCCAAUGGAUUCCCACAGAGCAGGGAUUAAUAAAGUAUGUCUGAUUCUGAUUCUGAUACCAAGAUGGCUGCCAGGUGCCGUGGCUAAGCCGGUGCCGACCAUCAUGGCCGAGUUGCGACGAGAGAGUGUGUCGAUGUUAAGAUAUUACGCCGAGUUGGGUGGCCGCUCUGGAAACCAGGAGGUGUUGUUCCAAACUAGAAGUCCAAGAGGGUGAGGCUAAAAGGAUGUCCGUAAACAGGCGAAAGAUCCAGGGGCGAGAAAGAGAGGCGUCAGAGUCUGUGUCCAUGCGAGGGGGUCGAGAUCCGGGAAUGCAGUCGAGAUCCAAGACGUCAGUGAAGAACACCUCUCCCCUGGGCAGCAGGAGUGGACCUCCAGCUGGAUAGAGACACCGCAACUCCCUCACAUUAAAGUGGAAGAGGAGGAGCCACAAACCCCCGACUUCAGAGAGACAAUGCAUGUGCCACAGCCACCCCACGUUAAAAAGGAAGAGGAGGAGCCAGGGCUCCGCCACAUUAAAGAGGAAGAGGAGGAACACAGCAUCAGUCAGGAGUUUCAAUGGUUAGAGUUUCCAGGGACUGGUGUCCCUGUAAAGAGUGAAGCUGAUGAUGUCAAAGGUGAAAGUGAGGAGAAGAGAGAGGCGGAGCUUCCAACACAACACACGACAACAGAAGCUGAUGGAGACCACUGUGGAGGAUCACAAGCAGACAAGCUCUUAGCUCCACUAUCAGAUAGUGAGGACACAACCUCACACUCUCCUGACACUGAUGAUGAAGACUCUAAAGAUGACAACAAAUGCUUUCAGUGUGACAAAACUUUCAGCAGCAAGGCCUAUCUGACCGUGCACAAGAGAAUCCACACGGGGGAAAAACCAUUCAUGUGCUUUGUUUGUGGCAAAAGAUUCUCGCAGAAGUCCCAUGUUAAAGAACAUGCCAAGAUACACACCGGAGAAAAACCUUUCACUUGUUCAGUGUGCGGUAAAGAUUUUAUAAGAAGUCAAUGUUUGAAAAGACACCUGAGAAAGCACACGGGAGAGAAACCAUUAAUAUGUGCAGUUUGUGGUAAAAGUUUCUCACAGAAGGCGCAUUUGAAGGCGCACAUAAAGAUUCACUCCCGGGAGAAACCUUUCACAUGUUCAGUGUGUGGUAAAGGUUUUAAACACAAUCAUUGUUUGAAAAUACACAUGAGAAUACACACCGGGGAGAAACCUUUUUCCUGCUCAGUUUGUGGGAAAGAUUUUGGACAGAACCAUGCUUUAACAAUACACAUGAGAACGCACACUGAGGAAAAACCGUUUUGCUGCUCAGUGUGCGGCAAACGCUUUAGGCAAAGUCCCCAUCUCAAAAUACACAUGAAAAUACACACUGGAGAGAAGCCUUUUUCCUGUUCAGUUUGUGGCAAAGUUUUUGGACAAAACCCUUCCCUAAAAAGACACAUGAAAACACACUGAAAUGAGACAUUUAUUUUUAUAGUUUUAGAUCAGGGGUUGGCAACCCAAAACAUUAAAAGAGCCAAUUGGGAACAAAAUUAAAAAUAGAAUUAAAGCUGCAAGCAACGUUGAACGGGACCGCUUUGGCUGCUGCCCCCGCGAGCCAAGCCCAGAGAAGCGGUAGAAGAUGGAUGGAUGGACUAUUACACAGAGAAAAAGAUGUAUACACAUGUUAUACAUCAGUCUCAUAGUAAUAACAAUUGUAAAGUGGCUUGGGCAUUUUAUAAGGACGCCUUGGUGCCACCAUUUAGAGUUUCUAAUGCAUUGUGAAAGGAAUGCGGUUGUUGUAUUGAAGUGGGAUUAGCAAACUUUAUGUUGAUUUUAGUUGGGGGCGGUCAGUGUAUGAAAUAUAGGUCUCAAUGAGACCUAUAUUGAGGUUUUUGUUUCAUGUGUGUAUGACAUUCCUACAGUGAGUUAGAAGCAGUUUUUUCUGAGCAGGAAGCCGCCAUUUUGUGACAGCAGUACACACAACAGCAGCAGAGCACCAGUUCUUUGCGCGCUCAUAAAAUCCAAACCGGGGAAGUAAUUAAAACUCUUUCAUCAAGUUUUAAUCAGAAGGGUUCAAUCUCUCUUCUCUUGCUUAUUUGAAGCUGAAACGACAAACGGCCUCAGAGGAGAUAAUGUUUGAAAAAAAGCGAAAUUCUUUUAGCCAACUUUUGUACUGAAGGGGGAAUUGCAAACUUCCUGUUGAUUUUAGCUUGGAGAUAUGAGUGUAUGAAAUAUAGGUCUUACUGAGACCUACGUAGUGGUUUUUGUUUCAUGUUUCUACAACGUUCCUACUGGAAGUUACGAGACAGUUUUGUCUGUGUUUUCUUCCUAGGUGGCGUUAGAGCGUAAUCUUGAGUUUUGGGGUUGGUUUUUUGAUUAGAUCGCAAUUCUCGCCAGUCCUGAUCUGUGUGUCAAAUUUGGUGAGUUUUGAAGCAUGUUAAGGGGGUCAAAUUACAGCUCAAAGAUGCGGUGGUAUAAUAAUAGAUAAUAAUAAUAACAAUAAUAAAACCUUAGAAAUUCAACAGGGUCCUCUGUCUCAAAGGGACAUCGGUCCCUAAAAAUCUGUCUAUAGGCGCAAAUAUUAAUAAUGAAGGCAACACGUAAUGUAAGCGGCCAUAUCAGCCUACUAUCAAAAUGACUAUGUGUCGCAGGCUGAAACAAAUCUUCGUUGACAGAAAUGUUUAAAUUUUAUAUUUAUUCUACACAUUUUUACAUUAAAAAACAUGCCAAAAUCAGAGGUUACUCAGAGGGUGAGAUAACUCCUGGAAAUUACUGGCUUUUAAAUGGCCAUAGAUGUGUGUGUCCAGGUAAAUGGAAACCACAGGUAAUGUUUGCUGUGGUCUGGAACAACAUGGCGCACAAACCACUGUCUGACAUGUGUCAUAAGACAUGCAAAACUGAAUUAUAUGCAAAGAUGAUACAAGUAAAGGGUAUUAAAUUAGCUCAAUUGAGGCAUAGUGAUGCAAUAUGUACGUACACCUGGCCUAAAUAGCAUGUUAGCAUUGAUUAGCUUGCAGUCAUGCACUGACCAAAUAUUCCCGAGUAGCACUCCCAACAAGUCGAUGACAUCAACAAAGCACACUUUUGUGCAUUGGCGCACAGCAUAAAACUUUUGGUGGACAAAAUGAGACAAAAGUAGGAGUGGAAGAUGUUACAUGUUGCGUUUGUUUGUAUUUUACCCCCUCCCCCCCAUCUUCUUCCAUUUUCAAUAUUUUCUUAAAAAUGCUCCAGGUUGCUGACACCCUUUUUAGACAAAAUUCUCAACUGAAAGAACGUGAAAAACACGGAUGAAAGCUUAUAUUUUCACACGAUUACGCUUAAUUCAGCCCUGCACAUCCAUCUUGUUGUUCCAUUGUAUACGUCGUCCUUGAACAAGAAAUGUCAUUAAAUGACGUCCAAAUCCUCA